AAAAAAAGGUGGAAGUACCGUUUGGAGUGGGGGCAUUCCUCACCACUACAAGCACAGGUACGAAGCCCCACACCGUGUGCCACCAUUGUCGCCGCCGCCGCUGUCGCUGCCGUGAAGCGUUCUCCAGGGAACAGUUCCGCAGUUUUGCUGUGUAUGUACAAGCGGUGCAGGUGUACACCUACGUAAAAUAAAACGUCGUAUACCGAGGAUUGGAUGAAAAUAUGUGCUCCAAAAAAUUUUCGUGAAUGAAAGUGAAAUGUAAAAUAAUGUUUUCAUGUGCCUGAGGGAUUAUUUCUUCCUUAUUUUGAGAAGAAAAAAAUAUAUUGUUCGAACAAUUGACGUGUAAACCAGCCGAGAAAUGCGGCUUCUCUACCCUGUCGCAGUUGCGCUGUGCUGUCUAGUCCUAGACACACAGCAACUACCCCAGACGUUGAUACAUGCAAUAAAGGAAGAGCAACCACGUGAAGCAUACUUCAAUGGUACAGCAUCACUGAGGCUAGCAUCAACUGUCUCAGUUCAUCGCCACAGUGGUUUGAGCUUCAGAACCUGCGAUGGCGGAAGAUUAUUCCUUCAGCGGUACAAUGACGAUGAAAUAAGUCUUGACGUCACACCGGAUGGACUGAUAUUCACGGCUAUAAUUGAGAAACAAAAGUACCAAGCUAAACUCAGUGCUAGAUUGCUCAAUAACGUAUGGCACAAUGUCAAUCUAUUCUUCAGACUGGGUAAUCUCACUCUUAGUACAGCUGGACACACACAAAUUGUUGCUAAUGCUACAUAUAAUUCAGCAAUUCUCAUGCUCUCAGACUACAAUGUUAAUGCCUCACUGAUAGUCGGUGAGGGGUUCAAAGGAUGCAUUCUCCAGGGACCUGGAAUUCUGUUCAACAAUACGGUCAAUUACGGGGCUGUACUCGGUACAUGUCCUUCCGAUCCUAAAGGAUGUGGUCCCAAUAGCGUUGCCGGUAGUCUCACUGCAGCAAGACCAGAAAUGGAUUAUUGUCAUAACGAGCCGUGCAUGAUGCAUGGAAAAUGUAUAUCACGACAGGAUCGUUACGAGUGCCAGUGUUACCCCGGAUAUUCUGGCAAAAACUGUCAACUUGACAAUGGUUCUCCGUGUAAAAUAAAUCCCUGUAAAAAUUCGGCAACAUGCAGAGAAGAUGAAAAUGGAGAUUUCACGUGCAGUUGCCCACCUGGUUGGACUGGACACCUGUGUGACUUACAAUUGGGUGGUCGAUUUUGUAAAGAGAAUCCGUGUAAAAAUAAGGGAACGUGUUCAGUUGUGAGCGAUACCGAAUACAAAUGCGAUUGUCCACCAGGAUGGACUGGAAAAACGUGUGAAAUUGACGUAAACGAGUGUGCCUCGAAUCCCUGUGAGAAUGGAGGAAUUUGCACUGAUGGAGUGGCUAAUUAUACGUGCAGAUGUGACAGCACAGGAUAUGAAGGAAAGAAUUGCGAGGUGAACAUCGACGAAUGUUUAAACAACAAUCCUUGCUUGAAUAAAGGAAAAUGUUUUGACAACUAUGGUGGAUACAUCUGUCACUGCCCCGACGGUUUUGAGGGCCUAAAUUGUGAAUUGAAUCUGAAUGAGUGUCUAUCCUCUCCAUGCAGAAAUGGGGGUACAUGUGUAGAUGAUGUAGGUACAUAUCACUGCAGUUGUCCGCCUGGAUAUGCUGGCCAUCACUGUGAAGCAAGUCGUCGUAGUUUAUGUGAAAAUGCAGAAUGUCCAGUAAACAGUAUCUGCUUGGAUAUUAAAGGAGAGGCACAGUGUGUUUGCAAGCCCGGCUUCAUGGGGAAUCCCCCAAAUUGUAGUAUCAAUUACUGUGCCAGUAAUCCUUGUGUCAAUGGAGGAACAUGUACCAGCGAUGACGAGGGAUACAAUUGCACUUGUACACCCGAAUGGAAAGGAUCAUCAUGUCAUAUACCUGUUUCUGACUGGUGCUCAGUGUGCUACAACGGUGGCACAUGUAUUGAAACAAUUCAUGGCACAAUGUGCCAGUGUCCAAGAUUUUGGACUGGUCCCCAGUGCAAGGAGUCAGUGACAUGUCGUGAUUUACCAUGUAGACAAGCAACCUCCUGUCAUGAUUACCCGGGAGGUUAUUAUUGUAAUUGUGAGGCCGGUUGGACGGGGCCUGAAUGUGCCAUUGAUAUCGACGAAUGCUCCAGUGAUCCUUGCCGCAACGGGGGAAUUUGCAUUGAUCAGACCAACACAUAUUGGUGCCAAUGUCUUCCCGGUUAUACUGGUAAAAAUUGUCAGGUCAACGUCGACGAGUGCCUCUCUCAGCCCUGCUUGAAUGGUGGAAUAUGCAUUGAUGGUAAUAAUGGUUAUACAUGUAACUGCACUCAGGACUAUAUGGGCGAUCACUGCGAACGAGAGUACGAUGCUUGUGCUGUUAAUCCUUGUGAUAACAACGGUACCUGUACCCUCUUGCCUCGUUUGAAAAGGGAAUUUGUCUGCGAAUGUCCACCUGGAUUCGAGGGAAAAAUGUGCGAGAUCAAUAUUGAUGAUUGUAUAGGAGUAAUUUGCCCCGGUGAUAACAAAGUUUGCGUCGAUGGAAUCGGGGGAUCAGAGUGCAAGUGCAAAGAUGGUUAUAGAGAGCCCAAUUGCACCUUAAUCAUCGACCACUGUGUCAGUAAACCCUGUAAAAAUGGCAGCUGUAUUGACCUGGGUGAUGAGGGCUAUCGGUGCGAAUGUAUGCCAGGAUUCACUGGUAUCGAUUGUGGUAGUGAUGUUAAUGAGUGUGAAGUACUGGGGAAUGCAUCGUGCAAUAAUGGAAUCUGCGUUAACACUCGGGGAAGUUACAAUUGCUAUUGCAGACCUGGAUUUUCCGGUGAUCACUGUGAUGUUGAUAUUAAUGAAUGUCUCUGUGGUCCCUGCAAGAAUAAUGCCACUUGUGUUGACAAAAUAAAUGCAUUUGAGUGCAUAUGCCCGCCGGGAUACGGUGGAAAGACUUGUCAUGUUGAUGUCAAUGAAUGUGAGAGUAAUCCUUGCAAAAAUAAUGCACAAUGCAUUGAUCAAAUAGCUGCGUAUAGCUGUAUAUGCACUCCUGGAUUUACUGGACACAAUUGCGAGACAAAUAUCGACGACUGUUAUUCCCAACCAUGUCUCAAUCAUGGAAAAUGUAUAGAUGGAAUUAACAAUUACACAUGUGAUUGUAUGGACACCGGCUUCCAGGGAAAUCAUUGUGAAAUUAAUAUCGAUGAGUGCCUGUCCAAUCCGUGUGUUAAUGAGGGGGUUUGUGUUGAUGAUAUUAAAACGUACAAGUGUCGAUGUUAUCCAGGGUAUACUGGACAUAACUGUGAAAUUGAUAUCAAUGAGUGCGAGAGCUCACCAUGUCAGUACAAUGGCACUUGUUUGGAACGAUCGAAUAAAGAAUUGUAUAAGAGUAAUGCUAAAACACUACCGGCUAUAUUUACUCAAGAAUUCAGUUAUGCUAAUGCAAGUGGAUACGAGUGUCUCUGUGUUCAAGGAUUGAUUGGUAAAAAUUGUGAAAAAAAUAUAAACGAGUGCGAGAGCAAUCCAUGUUUAGCUGGUACAUGCAAAGACAGAAUUGGUGGGUAUACUUGUGAGUGCGAUGAAGGAUUUGAGGGAGAUCAUUGUCAACAUGAUAUUGACGAGUGCAUGAAAUAUCAACCGUGCGUUCAUGGAAAUUGUAUAGAUGGUCGAGCUGAUUACUUUUGCAAUUGUCAGCCAGAAUAUGGUGGCAAAAAUUGUUCAGUAAAGCUCAUUGGGUGUCGGGAGAAUGCCUGUCAAAAUGGGGGAACAUGUUGGCCUUAUUUGUUGAAUGAUACUGAGCACAGAUUCAAUUGCACAUGUCCAAAUGGCUUUUAUGGUGAUACUUGUCAUCAUGUUACAACGAUGUCAUUGAGCGGAAGCUCAUACGUUAUGGUAAAUACCACUAGAGAGGAAGGUUACGAUAUACAGUUUAGAUUCAGAACAACAUUACCAAGUGGAUUACUUGCCAUGGGCAAAGGCACAACAUUUUAUAUUCUUGAAUUAGUGAAUGGUAAACUGAAUUUACAUUCGAGUAUACUCAACAAAUGGGAAGGUGUUUUCAUUGGCAGUGGAUUAAAUGAUGCCAAAUGGCAGCGAAUUUUUGUUGCCAUUAAUGCAACGCAUUUAGUACUAUCAGCAAACGAUGAACAGACCAUUUAUCCAAUUAAUCUCAAUGAGAGCCCAUCAGUUUCACCUACAACAUUUCCAACUACUUACGUAGGUGGCACAAUAAGGUAUCUUCAAAAAUUAACUCAUGGACCCCAUCUCUUUGUCGGUUGUGUGGAAGAUGUUGUCAUUAAUGGCGAAUGGAUUUAUUCCGGAAUGGAAUCGGAUUCUGUUUUGAUGGACCAUAUUGAAUCAUCCUGCCCAAGGGAAGAGCAGUGCUUACCAAAUCCAUGCAAAGCUGGAGGUCACUGUACAGACAGAUGGCGUGAUUUCUUCUGCCAAUGCCAACGCCCAUAUCUCGGUCAUACAUGUCAAUAUAAUAUGACAGCUGCUACAUUUGGUUAUGAAAAUAUAACCAAUGGUUAUGUCACAGUUAAAGUAUCUGAUACUGCUCGACGAGCAGUGAGAACAAUUCUCGACAUUUCCAUGUUCAUUAAGACUCGACAACAACGUGGCGAUAUUUUCUAUCUCGGAUCAGAACCAAGUUCACCGUCCUCACUGCCACAGGACAAUACUUACAUAGCUGCACAACUGGAAGCCGGACAGCUCGUUGUUAGGAUGCAAUUCAAUGAAACCGAAGCAUAUACUGUUGGUGGUGUUAAACUUAAUGAUGGCAACAACCACUUAAUUCAGGUUAUCAGAAAUAUGACACUUGUUCAAGUGAAAAUUAAUGGCAGUGAAUAUUUUCGUAAGACCAUUGGCACAACCGGACCCCUCAAUAUCACUGUUUUAUAUCUUGGAGGGCUUCCUCAAACAUCUAGAUACAUUAGACAAGUUGACACUAGACAGACGUCCACAAUGUCUGAUAUUCAGUCAGCGAUACCCCAAGUUAAUUUUAAAGGAAUUAUUCAGGAUGUGCAGAUAUCAAAUGGCGUUGAAAUCAUGGUCGUUGAAUUUUAUCCCCUCAAAGCUAAAGAUAUUCCCAAACCCAUACAAUUUGGAAAUGUUUCAUUCGAUCAUGAUAAAGUACUUGCUGGCAUAAUUUCUGAUAACGUGUGCGAGAGUAAUCCAUGUUUUCACAACGGUACAUGUCAGGUAACGUGGAAUGACUUUUUGUGUCAAUGCCCAAGAGGUUAUACCGGAAAAACUUGCCAAGAAAUGGAAUUCUGUCAAUUGCAAGACUGUCCCACUGGCUCUAAAUGUCAAAAUUUGGAUGAUGGAUAUGAGUGCAUUGCUAAUGCAACAUUCAAUGGCAAUAAUACGUUGUUUACUUAUAUCUAUGAAAAUCACACGCCGAUGAAAAAUAGUAGCGAUACAUCAAAAGUGACGAUUGAAACUAUUGAAAUAACUUACAGAUCCAACUCGGGGGGUACUAUGAUGCACAUAUCUCCAUUUUAUUACGACGAUAAUAAUAAACAUUCACGAAAUACCGAUCAACAUUUCACUGUCUCUGUUUAUAAGGACAGUAUCACCGUUGCGUGGAAGCUCACUGUCCAUAAUCAAGACAGCUUGACAUUUUCUAAGGAGAACCCCGAUGGCAAUUGGACGUCAAUUAUCAUACGACUCCACAGUAAUUCAAUAAUAUGUGGAUUUAAAAACAGUAUUGAAGAGACACCUACUCAAACAAGCUCGAGAUUCAGUUUUUCCGAGUGGUAUGAAUUGUUAUCCUCUGGCACUGUUACACUGGGUGGUGUGUCUGAUAAUUAUUGGAAUAUUAAUAGCUACAUAAUGGACAAUAACUCAGUAUCUCUUGAUGUAAUGGAGAGACAAGUGGCAUUGACAACUUCAUCGCCAAUGCAGGAAAUGAUUUUCAACGAGCCCUUCAAGGGCUGCCUCGGUGAAGUACGAAUAGGUAGCAUGCUCCUCCACUACUUUGCUUUCGAUCAAGUAUAUGGCAGUGCAAACUUCACACCAGGUGAGUAUCUUUCGUUACAAGUUGAUGAAAAUAAUUCGAUGACAGGGAUUGAGGAUAAUAACAGUAAGGAGAAUAUUGGUUGUCGAUUGUGCUUCGAGUAUGAUUGUCAGAAUGAUGGACAUUGCUUGGACGAAUACAACAGUUAUGUUUGCCAGUGUCCAGCAGGGUAUGCUCAAGACAAUUGCUCAGAGGAUAUUGACGAAUGUCUCCUCAAUGAUUGUGAAAAUAAUUCAACGUGUGUCGAUGGAAUAGCCAACUACACUUGUAUUUGUAAUAAAGGUUGGCAGGGCUCACGUUGUGAUAAAGAUAUCAACGAAUGUGUGAUAAAUAGUCCAUGUCAGCAUGGUGGUGUUUGUGUCAAUCUACCUGGUUCAUUCAGAUGUGAGUGUCCAGAUCAAUUUACUGGGGAUUCGUGUCAAGAUUUCAGGCUGAUUACGUGUGAAAAUCAUCCCUGCAAAAAUGGCUCGAGCUGUUCGGAUAUUGUUAAUAAAAAAACUGGGGAUAAUUUUACAUGCACAUGCAUGCCAGGAUAUGAAGGCACUCUGUGUGAAGAUCCUUAUUGUGUUGUUAAAAAAUGUCAAAAUGGUGGCAGAUGUGACUUUUUGUAUCAAGCACCACAGUGCACUUGUCCUUUAGGCUUCACUGGGCAUUAUUGUGAGACAAAUAUUGAUGAUUGUGCUACUGAUUCAGAGGGAAAUGUUCCUUGCCAAAAUUAUGGCAUGUGCAUUGAUGGAAUAAACAGCUUCACGUGCAAUUGCAGUGGAACUGGAUAUACCGGGGUGGAUUGUACAAUUGAUGUAGACGAAUGUGCGUCAAAAAGUACAGAUUGUGGUUAUGGAAAAUGUGUGAAUCGUCUUGGAAGAUAUGAGUGUGCUUGUAAGGCCGGAUAUUGUGGAUCUGAUUGUAAAACAGUUGAUCCCUGCAAUGACGAUAUUUGUAAGAAUGGAGGCACUUGUCUGUGUGAUGAAAAUACGGGAUACUUUUGUCAGUGUGCUGAUGGAUACAUUGGACAGAAUUGUACUGAGUCUGAACAUUUAUUGGGAAGUUCAGCAUUCGAUAUUGCAGUUAUUGUCGGGCCAAUUGUCGGUAUUUUGUUGCUCGUCGCUAUCGGUUCUUUAACUGCAUUUUUCAUGAUGGCCAGAAAAAAAAGGGCUACACGAGGAACCUAUAGCCCUAGCGCACAAGAAUUCAGCAAUCCCAGGGUAGAGAUGGAUAACGUUAUGAAGCCUCCACCUGAAGAGAGAUUAAUCUAAAUUGUUCCUAUCAAUUCGACAAUUCGAUCCAUAUAUCGGUUUAUUGGAUUUUUUAAUAUUUUAAAUAAUAGUAAUUUAUGAACAUGUUUUAUUCUUGUGCUCUCACAUACAAUAUCUAGUCCUCAUUGCAUUAUCACAUGGAAGGACUUCUAAGCGAAAUUUUAAGAGAACUUACAACGAAGAAAUAUCGCUAAUUACUUAUAAUUGUAGAGAAUGUAUUUCGACGAUGUGUGUCAUGUAUUGACUUCACGAAUGACUGGCCAAGGAUUUUUUUGUAAAGGGGAAAAAAAGAAAGAAGUGUACUUAAUAAUCUUAACAGAAAGUGUCCUUAAUAAUUUUAAACAAUUUCCGUCCAUCAUAGUGCCCGAUAUAUGUUAUAAAUUUUCAUUGAUUUAAUUUUGUGAAAACCAGUUGUCGUUUUCUCUCAUUACCAAAUGCAUAAUAACUCUUGAAGAUAUUUCUGAAGUACAUUUUAAUGGUAACUCAGCAGUUAGAUUUUUAUAAUCGCAACUUAUUCAAUUUGUAAAUAUUACAUUACUAAUAUUUAAAAAGACUACUUUUCAUAAAAUAUGUAUUUACCUAGAUUUUUAUAAAUAAAAUCAUUCUGAUACUCUAUGUCGGUAGUGAAUUGCCGUCACGACCAAAGUAAUUGAGCAAAAAAAUUGAGGGAUAUUUCGUAAAUUCAUUAAUGUCUAUGUAGAUACUCACAAAGAGUAAUAAUUGAUUUUUUAUUUUUUUUUCUUUGUUUUUAACUCAAUGAGUAUGGCAAUCAACAAAAUAAACAAAUGUACAUAUUUAUAAAUAUAUAUAUAUUGCUAGACUGAGGUGGCAAAAUGGGAAACCAUACAAAUAUCAGAGUUGAAGUGUUCAAUAAUUUUUUAUUUGUAUCGUAGAUCGAUUAGGAAAAUAUAAAAGCUCUCAAUGAUUAAAUGUACAAAAAAAUAAAAUAAACAUUUUUAAAAUCA